GAUAGCCUACAGCCUGGUAUGCCCCGGUGCGCUCAGUAGUGGAUCCGAGCAGACACGAGUCCCAUUGGCUCGAUGUGGACGUGCGGAGGAGAGCGGGAGAGCGGAGGAGCUAUAAAAGCCGUGAGAGCGCGAGCGAGAGAUCCAACCACCAAUCUGGAGCUUAUCCUCAGCCGCAGCAGAAGCACAGAGAACCGCGCGUAAAGAUGAGCGAGAGACAGACUUCUGGAGCAAUGACUGGAAACAGCAAAUCAUCUACUGGACAAGACGAUAAGAAAAACAACCAGCCCGAGGACUUUGACAUUGACAUGGAGGACCCGGAGACAGCCAAGGCAGCCGUGGCCAUCCAGUCUCAGUUCAGGAAGUACCAGAAAAAGAAGCAGGAUGUGAAGUCGUAAAGCCCCACCCACUUCCACGGCAAUGUCUGAAAGGGGGCGUGGUCUUGCAUGUUGAAUA